GAGCAAUCACAUGGUGUUUUCCUCCACGUUACGUCUUGAUUAGGGCAUUUGCAUCUCGAAUAACCCGCGUGCUGGUUGGCUGAAAGGCUAUCAUCCCAUCGUUGUGAAACAAACUCGGCUCGCUUUGACAUCGCGGAGGAAGAGGGACGGAGCGCGGCGGCUCCUCACACCGCUUUCAUUUGCUCACAUAAGAGGUUCUUUGGCUGCAGCCGGCACGGACUGUAGGGGCUGUGGAGGAGGUGGACCAGUGCGAUGAUGACGGGCAAAUCUGUGAAAGACGUUGACAGAUACCAGACUGUCCUCAACUCUUUACUGGCGCUGGAGGAGAAUAAAUACUGCGCUGACUGCGAAUCGAAAGGUCCAAGAUGGGCAUCCUGGAAUCUGGGCAUCUUCAUCUGUAUCCGCUGUGCCGGUAUCCAUCGAAACCUGGGGGUGCAUAUCUCCAAGGUCAAGUCUGUCAAUCUGGACCAGUGGACGCAGGAGCAGGUCCAGUGUGUUCAGGAGAUGGGAAAUGCCAAAGCCAAGCGUCUCUACGAGGCCUUCUUACCUGAGUGCUUCCAACGGCCAGAGACAGACCAAUCUGCAGAGAUCUUCAUCAGGGACAAGUAUGAUAAGAAGAAGUACAUGGAUAAGGUCAUUGACAUCCAGAUGCUCAGGAAAGAAAAGAGCUGCGACAAUAUACCCAAGGAACCAGUCGUGUUUGAGAAGAUGAAAUUGAAAAAAGACAUCAGCCCGAAGACAGAUUCCCAGUCUGUUACAGACCUGCUCGGAUUGGAUGCCCCUGCUCCAAGUCCUGCAGUGUCUAAUGGUGGAGGAUGUGUUCCAGACAGUAAUGAGAGCCCAGUGGUGUCUAAUCCAGCUCUGGCACAGUCUGCACUGGAUCUCUUCAGCUCCCUGCCAGCACCCUCCUCUGCUUCCUCCACUAAAACCACGCCCAUUUCCAGCUCCAUGCCCCAGAGCAGAGUGACUGCCUCAGUGCCUGAAAACCUCAGUCUGUUCCUGGAUCCAGCUCCCAGAGCAGUGGAGGGCACUGUCAAGAAACUGUCCAAGGACUCUAUUCUCUCCUUGUACGCCUCCACCCCCUCAGUGCACGCAAGCAGUAUGGCUACACACGGCUUGUACAUGAACCAAAUUGGAUACCCGACACACCCGUACGGUUCAUACCCUUCUUUAGCCCAGGCAGGUGGAAUGGGAGGCACCAUGAUGACAUCACAGAUGGCCGUAAUGGGACAGCAACCAAGCGGCAUGAUUGGAGUGCAGCAGAGCAGCAUGAUGGGACAGCAGAAUGGCUUAAUGGGUGCCCAGGGUGUCAUGGCUCAGCCUAGGGGCGUCAUGGCGUCACCCUACAUGACAGGGAUGACCCAGGGCAUGAUGGGACAGCCUCAAAGCGGAAUGAUGGUACAGCAGCAGACUGGGAUGAUGGGACAGCAGCAGAGUGGGAUGAUGGGACAGCAGCAGAGUGGGAUGAUGGGACAGCAGCAGUUUGGAGGUUUACCAAAUCAGCACGUGUAUGGAGUGCAACAUGCCCAACAGCUACAGUGGAACAUUACCCAGAUGACUCAGCACAUGGCCGGCGUGAAUCUCUAUAACACCAACGGCAUGAUGGGAUACAGCAGUCAACAAAUGGGAGGCUCGACAACUCCAAGCUCAGCGCACAUGACAGCCCACGUUUGGAAGUGACCUCAACCGUCCAGGAAGUGAUAUCACGCCAAUAACCCGCAAAAGAGAGGGGAACUGAGUCGUAGGAAUCUGUGGAUUAGACUCUCUAUGAGACAUUUCCUAAUGCAAGGGAGGAGGAGGAGGAGGAGGAGGAGACAGGUAUGAAGAAGAAUAAGGUUUGGGAAACCACUACUACCUCUUUUUCUCUCUCCUCGCUGCCCAUGCUUCCUCUUCUCGUCUCAUCCACGGCCAUGUUUUGCAUAUUUCCAUGCUUGCCUUGAGAACAUUUUCUUAUAAUGACCAAGACAACAGGGUACAGAGUUCUGCUGUUUAGGACUACACAUCUUUCUUUGUACCAAGCCUGUAACUGAGUGUGUGUGCGCGCAUAUCUGCUGUGUGUGGGGGUCAACUACCUGCUUGACUUAAAAGAACUGUUGGGUUUUUGGAGAAUUUUACAGUUUUUCCUUCCUUGAUCAGAAUCAAGUGGAAAACCCAAAUGCAAAGGUUAGGAUGAGCUUGAAUCUUUGCAUUUAUUGGAACAAGAUGCAUUUCUUUGUGUUAGACAACUUGGAAAAUACACUUGUUUGUAUUUCUUAUGUCUGUACAUCAAGUGACGCCACCAUCAGAAGGCGGUUAGCUAAGGUUAGCAUAAAUUCUGGAAACAAGCUAAAACAAUCCACCUACCAGCACCUCGUUAGCUUACUCAUUAGCAUAUUAUAUGUUGUUUGUUUAAUCCAUGCAAAAACUGAAGCGUAAAAGAAGCACAUUUUGGUUUCAUGCGAGGACUCUUUCGUGGCCAGGUGAAGUAAGAUCUUAACUAGUGAAAUUGUAUGUUGCUUUGGACAGAGACAGACAAGCUGUUUCUGCCUGUUUCCAGUCUUUAUGCUAAGCUAACGGGCUGCAGGUAGUAGCUUCGUACUGUACAGUACAGUGAGUGGUAUCGACCUAUCAUCUAACUUUUGCCAAGAAAGUGAAUCAGCGUUGAUCUUAUGUCAGUCCAAAAUGCUGAACUUAUGUCAGUCCAAAAUGCUGAACUUUUAGGUGACAUAGGCUACUGUUUCAAUAUGAUAUAGCUCUAUUGUGAGAGGUGAAGCAAGAUAGGCAAUGCUAUGCUAUGCUAGCCUCUUAAUUUAUCACACCUUCAAGCUGCAAGUAGAGGGGAAAGGAAUGGAUUCGUCUUUCUCUAUGUAAGUAGGAAAAAUGUGCAAAAUCUUACAAAAGCCAGUGUAUUCCUGUCUAAAUAGCCGACUUUCAUUAUCCUACCCAUCCAAUACUAAUAUUAAAAUUUAAGAAACCCCUGUACUUGUUGAUAAGUUCCUCGAUCCUUACUGUCUCACCUGUUAGAGCAGCUAAAUCCUACCUAAAUAGCUCUUAAUUAUGAUGUCUUCUUUUCAAUUUACAGAGGGCUUCUUUCAGAACCAAUAUCUAAUCUCAACUUUACGUGGGAGACCAAAGAUCAACGCUAGCUUUAUUAAGGUUGUACAGUAUUCCAGCGCUUUGUUACAUCUGUAUAGCCACUUGACUAGUGAUUCGUAGAAAUGUCUAUUCAGCAGUCCUUUAACAGUAUGUCUGGUUGCACCUGCUCAUACACGAUGAAUGUUUUGGCAUAUCAGUUCACUGUGCUAUUUCCUCAGUGAGUGUGGGACACUUAAAAAGUCACUUGCAUGCCAUGCCAUCACGCAAAUGUCGAGUUAACGCACACACACCUCAAGUUGAUCUACCUUGUACAAUAGAGGCCUCAAAUAACAUUGAAUGUCCGUAAACAAGAGAGAAAUAGAGAGAGAGGUGGGGGCGGAGAAGACUUUUCGGUACAGAUCAGUUGCGUUGCAGAUUCUUCCACUGAAUUGCAUGAGGAGAAUGUUUUUUUCUAGCUCUGAUUGUAUGUACUGUAUGUUUAUUAAGAUAUCCGAAUGUGUAUCUCUGAAUGUUUCUCUAUACACGUCGAUCAGUCUCUGACCAAGACCAACAACAACAAAAAAAAAAAAGUCAAUGAACUUGUGUCCUGAAUGUGUUUCACGAUUGUACGGGACUCGUUGCAAAUCCACACACCUGGGUAUUGCCGCGGCGUGUUCGUUUUUGAUAUUCUAUGACUCUGUCGAGCAAUGUACACUUGUGUCUUUUCCAAUGUUCUGUGGUCAGCAGCGUCCUGUCUGUUUUCGGUGAAUUGUCCAAUUCAGCCAAGUUUAAAUGUUACCGUCAUGUCAGGAGCAAACUGUGACCGGGCUGCCGCGUUUUAAGGUCACUCGGGGGCGUUUACAAUUUGGCCAAACCUCAUUGUGAAGCGAAAAAGCGAUCGUACGACCACAAUCUGUCACUUCUUAAUAUUUUAGUCAACUCUUCUGCACCUCUCCUACACACGCCUACACAAACCAUCUCCGUGCACUGAUUUCUCUGAAAGCGUUUCUAAAUAUGUCCAUUCUUAUAAAUGCAUGAAGCCAUCAGUGUAAAUAAUCUUUCCAUUUCCUCGUAGGAGCACUUCUGUUUUAAGUUGCCAUUAUGUACGCCGGGGGUAAGAAUGGAAAAGGAGCAGUUAAAAGAGAAAUAAAUGAACAUGCUCUGGCAUAAUAAGAUUCCUAUUAACUGCAGCCAAUGAACAAGCAGUGCAGCCUUCGCGACACAUCUAUUCCUUCCAGGUGUUUCUGUCAUUUCAGCUCGUUUUGUGGCAGCAGAGGCAACAGAGGGAGAGCAAUAUCACCAUCAGACUGCGUGGUCUCUGCACUGGAACAGCAGAUCUGUCAGCUAGCCAUGAGGAGCUUCUGGAAAAGCCGAAACAGUCCAUCUCUUUGGGCGAGACGGCUUCUCCUGAGCCUUUUCACUUGUGUUUAUCUUUAACUUUAGCUUGCCUGUAAUCUGUUCCCCUUUUUGUCUGGUAUAUUUUCUGUGAAAUAAGAGCCAGUGAAGGAAUGUAUCUUUUUAUGUACUUGUUGAUCAAGAUAUCGUGUACUUUAUUCUUUAUCAGAAUUUCUCUGUAUAUUAUGUUUCUUAAACACUAUUGAUGAACCUGUUCUGUGUAUUAGUUUCACAUGCUUUGCCCCUUUUGAUUUCAUGUUCACACAAGUUCACUUAAAUUUGAGAAUAUGUAACAUACAAUACCGUCUCUGUGAAAUAUACAAAAUAAAAAUUCUUUUGAUUAAAUUCAAUUAA